AUGAAUCCGACUGCUUUUAACAAAUCCUUAGGCGCUCCUAUUUAUUCUCCACUGGAAAUAAAGAUCACCAUAAAGGAGUCAGCGGAUAAAGGGGAAAGCUGGCUAACAGAAGGAGAACGAUCUACAUAUGGUGCAGCUGAGGGGGAGUUAGUGGGGAAUCCCCAUGGAGCCAAGACAGCAUACUGGGAGCACUCCCUAGCUUAUAACACCGCUGUGCACAAGAGGAUUGAUCACAUAAAGCCCGCUCCUUUUACAAAGGGAACAUCUGAAGAGCCGGAGACCUGCCGUGAACAGUCUGGAUAUCCCAUGCUUGGUAGAAAAUAUGACGGGAUACUAGAGCAGAGCGACCAGAACAAAGCAAAUCAAGAACAAGAAUGUGACUGUACUCUUGUGGAACUUGCCACUGGGGAUGGGGAAGCUGAAUGUUGUGCUCCAACUACAAGUCAUACUGAAGUUUCACAAUUUGGAAAUGUUUCUAGAAAGAAUGCAGAAGAAAAAGAUGUCAAUAAAAGUGAGACUAAUAGUAGCACUGCAAAGUCAUCAAAAGAAAACAAUAUUGUGCCUGAUUUGGAUUACAGUGACCCUGCUAAAUGGCCCUACUCUUGCAGUGAUGAUCUACGACAGCUUAUUAUUCAACAUGGACCACAGGAGGUUGUAUUACAUGAUUUUCCCAAAGACUCAAAAAACAGACGAUUUUCUACUGUACACUGCAAGAGGAGACUGGCAAAUGGUGAAGAAUUUGUCGAAUAUCUAGCCCUUUUUGAUCAUAUCAUGAAUGAACAUUUCCGUAGGGUUAAAGAUCAAGAAACAUUGGUUCACUACCUGGGAAAAGAUAUCCAGAAUGAGCUUAUACAGCUUCUAGCCGGUGCUAUAAAGAAGAAAAUUAUAACAAGUACAACCUCAGCUAAAUACUAUUCAAUUAUUCUGGACUGCACACCCGAUGUUUCUCAUAUUAAGCAAAUGACAAUGAUUGUACGUUUUGUUGAUGUAAGCAAACCAUCAGAUAAUGAGUCUGAAAGUAUUACUAUAAGAGAACAUUUCUACAGGAAAUGGAGACUACAGGAGACUACAGGCGCCUUUAUAGCAGAAACUCUUCUUGAACAGCUGAAGCUAAUUCAAUUGCCAAUUGAAAAUCUGCGUGGUCAAGGGUAUGACAAUGGCAGUAACAUGAAAGGUAAUAUAUAUGAUGCUUUGAUAGAGAUUUUUGAGGAUACAAGCCUAUCAGGUCCAUCUGGAAAUACUUCCCGAGUUGAAGCCAAGGGCCUUGCUGAUGCAGUUAGUAAAUUCAAGUUUGUGGUAUCCCUUGUUACAUGGUACAACAUCCUUUUUGAAGUCGAUCUUACAAGCAAGCUACUACAAAAUAAGGAAGCUGAUUUAAAUUCAGCUACAAGACAAUUGCAAGUGACCAAGAAUUAUCUCAUAACCUGCAGGUGUGAUAAGGGUUUUCAACAAGUUUUAACAGAUGCUACUGAGAUUGCAAAUGAGAUACAGAUAGUACCAAACUUUGAGACAGAAGAUCAAGUUCGAAAGAGGAGAAAGAAACGGCAGUUUGAUUAUGAGGCCCGAGAAGAAGCACCACAAGAUCCAAAGCAGAAAUUCAAAACAGGUUUUUACUAUGCUGUUUUAGACAUGGCAAUACAAUCUAUUGAAGAGAGAUUCCAACAGCUACAAAAAUAUAAUUCACUAUUUGGCUUUCUAUAUGACAUAUACAGUAUAAAGAAAAAAUAA